AUGGCUGGUGAGGACAGUUUUAUAGUGUUGGUUCACCACAGAGGAUCGAUUAAGAGGAAAACUCGGUCAGGUGUCAAGUUCACCGAUAAGGAUCCUCUCUGUAUUAUCGUGAGUUCUAUGACGAGCUAUGAUGACCUUGCUAGGUCUGUACUGGAAAAACUUGGUCUGGAAGGUGUUAAAAGGGUAAAGAAGUUUUUCUAUCGCAUUCCAAUCACAGUGCUCCAAGAUAGCGUGAAGUAUGAUAGUUUCACGAUCGGGAAUGAUGAGGACUUGCAGGUCAUGUUUCUUUGUCGCCGGCAGUUUCCCGAAGUUCGGACACCGGAGCUGUUGGCAAAGCUGGUUGAUGUGGUGUCCAGCUCGGGGGGUUCGAACCGGAAUACCAACACUUUAGCGACGGUUGUCGGUUCUAGCUCAAGACCUGCCGUUGCAUCUUCCUCAGUCCCUGCUUACGAGCCACCCGCCCCGCCUGUUGCCUCCCCUUCGUUCGCUGUUGAUCUCAACGGCAGUGUUGGCGACGAGGUUGGAACAGCGGAACUUGUUCCUACCUCUGUACACUGUGCUGCACCGGCUGGGGCUGGAGAUGGAUUGUUUGAUGAUGUAGAGGACGAUGAUGUCGAGCCGGAUAUGAUUGCUGAUGAUAGUGGCAAUGAGAUCGGAGCGAGUGAGCCUGCCGGUGCCGGUGGUGGCUCUAGCUCUGGCACGCAGCAGUACCCUCCACAUUUUUCAUCUUUGGACUUGGAUGCCAUGAGGCAUCCGGGGGUACCUGGGGAGGCUGCAGGAUUUGGCGCUAGAGAUGCUGAAGGGUCAGUUGGUAUGACAGAGUUUCAGGUUGGUCAGCAAUUUCAGGAUAAGGAUGAUGCCCUGUUAAGUGUGAAGACUUACAGCAUCCGCCGAGGUGUACAGUACAAGGUUGUGGAGUCUGAUUAUCUCCGUUACGUUGGUAAGUGUUCUGAGUUCGGGAAUGGGUGCACAUGGUUGAUUCGGCUGAGUCUCCGGCAGCGCAAGGGCAUAUGGGAGGUCAAACGGUACAAUGGACCGCACACUUGUCUCGCCAGCUCUAUCUCCAGUGAUCACAGGAGUUUGGAUUAUCAUGUGAUAUCGGCAUUCAUUAUGCCAAUGGUUAGAGCUGAUGCAUCCGUUAGCAUCAAGGUGCUCCUAAAUGCGACUGCAUCGCACUACGGAUUCAGGCCGACCUACAGGAGGGUGUGGAUGGCGAAGCAGAAGGCUGUUGCGCUCAUUUAUGGUGACUGGGAUGAGUCUUACAAUGAGCUCCCACGACUGUUCUGGACUUUCCCGCCGUGUAUCGAGGCAUUUCGUCAUUGCAAGCCGUUGGUUAGUAUUGCUGGGACCCAUCUCUAUGGCAAGUAUGGGGGUACUCUGCUUGUGGCGAUUGCACAGGACGGGAACUCCAACAUACUCCCUGUUGCUUUCGCACUAGUCGAGGGUGAGAAUGCUGAGUCUUGGUCAUUCUUUCUCUCCCACCUCCGUCAGCACGUCACACCACAGGCAGGUCUGCUCGUUAUCUCUGACAGGCAUAACGGCAUCAAGGCCGCCCUUGAGGCUCCCGACGGUGGCUGGCUACCUCCGGCUGCAUACCGAGCUUUCUGCAUUCGGCACGUAGCAGCAAAUUUCGCCCUCACCUUCAAGGGUAAAGACGCAAGGAGGCUUCUCGUGAACGCUGCCUAUGCUAAGACGGAGGUCGAGUUCCAUUACUGGUUUGAUAUUCUUCGUUCGGAAGAUCCGGCGAUGCGUGACUGGGCAAACCGGAUUGAGUAUUCAUUGUGGACACAGUAUUGCGAUGAGGGCCGAAGAUUCGGUCACAUGACCACAAAUAUAUCUGAGUGUGUGAAUUCAAUCCUCAAGGGUGUGAGGAACCUUCCUGUAUGCUCGUUGGUUAAAGCAACGUACGGUCAGUUGGCCGAACUUUUUGUUCGCAAGGGGAAAUAG